GAAAAGAAGAUGAUAGACGUGUCCAAACCAAUAGACAAGAUGUUCGUUGGUUAUGCUAUUCGGUUGGAUUUACGUUUUUAGGGCGGGUUUAGUUUUCGGAUACGGAAGAGGAAGGAGCUAUGUUUUGAAAGCAUUGUCAGAAGUUUAGAAAGUUACGAAAAAGGGACUUGUUGAAAUAAUUUUACAUGACAUUAUUUACAUAGGGAAGUGAUACUAUUAAAAUACAUCCUAAUUCUAUUCUAACAACGUGCGUGUCACUAAUUGAAGGAAGGCAGUUUGGGAGAGGAAACUAACAUCGCUACGUUGAUAUCUAGCGUGUGCUUGCUUUGACAACUAGUUAAACGUUUUUGAAUUGUAUUACUUGACUUUUACCAAGAUGGACAUACAACACCGGCAGCGUCCGGUCAAACCGGACCAGAGUUUUUGGGACAACCGAAGACUGUGGACCGCAAGGAUUUUCUCCAUGCUCUGCUGUGCAAUGGUGAUGUCGGUCGUUGCAGUAUUCUGCGCCUUUGUUUACCUCAUCUUGAAAGAGAUGCAGAAUGAGAGAGUGAUUGGAGAGGAUGGCUCAGAGGUUAGACUCCUAGGGUUCUGGAGUGUUCUGGUCAUGUCGGUGCUAGCAGGGUUCUGCUGCUGUAGCUUCACAUGGACCAUCACCUACUUUGACUCUUUUGAGCCCGGCACGUUCCCCCCAACGCCCCUGUCCCCUGGCCACCUCAGGCAGGUGACAGGUCACUCCUUCCACAUGAGCUACAGUGUGGCGGUCCUAAAUGGCAUUGUAGCGGCGAUCACCAUCAUCUGGAGCCUUACCUGACCUUACCCACAACCCCCUGUUCUACCUGACCUUACCCACAACCCCCUGUUCUACCUGACCUUACCCACAACCCCCUGUUCUACCUGACCUUACCCACAAGCCCCUGUUCUACCUGACCUUACCCACAACCCCCUGUUUAACCUGAUCUUACCCACAACCCCCUGUUCUACCUGAUCUUAUCCACAAUCCCCUGUUCUACCUGAUCUUACCCACAACCCCCUGUUCUACCUGACCUUACUCACAACCCCUGUUCUACCUGACCUUACCCACAACCCCCUGCUCUACCUGAACUUACCCACAUCCCCCUGUUCUACCUGACCUUACCCACAACCCCUGCUCUACCUGAACUUACCCACAUCCCCCUGUUCUACCUGACCUUACCCACAUCCUCCUGUUCUAUCUGACCUUACCCACAACCCCCUGCUCUACCUGACCUUACUCACAACCCCUGUUCUACCUGACCUUACCCACAACCCCCUGCUCUACCUGACCUUACCCACAUCCCCCUGUUCUAUCUGACCUUACCCACAACCCCUGCUCUACCUGACCUUACCCACAUCCCCCUGUUCUACCUGACCUUACCCACAUCCUCCUGUUCUAUCUGACCUUACCCACAACCCCCUGUUCUACCUGACCUUACCCACAUCCUCCUGUUCUAUCUGACCUUACCCACAACCCCCUGUUCUACCUGACCUUACCCACAACCCCUGUUCUACCUGACCUUACCCACAUCCCCCUGUUCUACCUGACCUUACCCACAUCCCCCUGUUCUACCUGACCUUACCCACAUCCCCCUGUUCUACCUGACCUUACCCACAUCCCCCUGUUCUACCUGACCUUACCCACAUCCCCCUGUUCUACCUGACCUUACCCACAUCCCCCUGUUCUACCUGACCUUACCCACAACCCCCUGUUCUAUCUGACCUUACUCACAACCCCCUGUUCUACCUGACCUUACCCACAACCCCCUGCUCUGACCCACAACCCUGUCACCUUACCCAGAACCCCUUGUUCUACCUGACUUUACCCACAAUCUUUUCCAUGUGUAUGUGUACAUAUCAAGAGAAGCAGUAGAACAUGAUGUGAUACUAUGAGACAAUGUGUCCAGUACUAAAGUCAGCCUCACUCACUAGCUCCUUGUCAUUUGGUUCUCCAUGCUGUCCUCUUCUUGGCCAAGUCCCAGGCUGAUGAAGUGUCGAGUCCCAGGUUUCUACAAGGUCAGGAUACCUUUUUUAAUGUACUGUAUAUUGUGAUAUAUCUAGCCUAAAGAGGUUUUUGUGCCAAAUUAGUGCUAUAAAGAGAACAUUUAAAAUAUGAAAUGAGACUCACACAUUCUAAAUCUAUAGUUUAUUGUAAGUCUAAUAUAUAACCCGUAGAGAGGUAUGUUCCAUGCAGUGUAUCUGUGCAUUUGACUGUUAUUCUCACUGAACCACUGAAUGAUGCUUUCACUGUCUCUCCUUCCCAUACUGAUGUCUGUACUACUGAACAGUAAAGAAGCUCUCACCUGC